CUGUCAGUGCGCGGCGCGGCGAGGCCGGGGAGCCCCGAGCGGCGCAGGCGGGCGAAGGCCGGGGGUCUCGGACCCGCCGCGAGAUUCCCAAGAUGCCCAAACCUCGGAAGGGCCCUCGAGCUGGUGGCCAGGGUGUGGCUGCUGCCAAGCAGCUGGGACUCUUUAUGGAGUUCAACGAGGAGGACAUGCUGCUGGACACUGAGGAGACUGGUGAUGAUGCGGACCUGGAGGCUGAGCUGUUGGCCCUCACUGGGAACGCAGGGGUCACAGACCGGAAGCCAAAGCCCAAGGGGAAAGUUCCCCUGCCUAUGGCUCACAUUGAGAAGUUGGCGGCAGACUGUAUGCAAGACGUGGAUGAGGAGGACGAGGAGGACGAGGAAGGACUUGAGGAUGAUGCAGACUUGCUGAGUGAACUGCAGGAGGUGUUGGGUGCAGAGGAGGAUGCUGGGCCCCUGGAGGAUGAGGAGCCAGCCAGUCAUGAGGACUAUGAGGAGGAGAAGGGGCAGGAAGAUACCGAGGCCCCAGCGGCGACAACUCCCCUAGCCGCACCAGCUCCUGCGGCUCAGACCGGAGGGCCUCAGGCACUGCAGGCACUGCUGCAAGAUCGGAUCCACAACUACCGGGAGGCUGUGUCCAGCGCCAAGGAGGCAGGGGAUGCGGCCAAAAUCAGGCGCUGUGAGCGGGGCUUGAAGACUCUGGAGUCCCAGUUGGCUGCUGUGAAGAAGGGCCGGAAGGUCCCUGAGGAAGAAAUCCCACCUCCUGUGGCCUUGGGGAAGAGGCCCUCAGCACCCGUGGAAAAAGGCAGCAGGAGUCCUGAGGAAAGCUCCUCACUCUCUCCCAGCAAGGAGCCAGCCAGUUCCUCUGAGCCAGAGACGAGCCUUGCUGGCGACCCUGGCAUGUCUGUUCCACCUGCUUCAGACCCAAAUCCACAGGCCCUGCUGCUGGCCCGACAGAGGGAGUACAAGGUGGCUGCCUUGAAUGCCAAACGAGCUGGAGACCUUGACCUUGCCCGGGAGCUCAUGCGGAUUGGGAAGAGGUUUGGUGCGGUGCUGGAGGCACUGGAGAAAGGGCAGCCUGUGGACCUGAGCGCCAUGCCCCCUGCACCCGAGGAUCUGAAGUCCCUUCCACAAGCUUCCAAAGCCCCCACAGCACCCUCCAGUGUGUCCCCUGCAGUGGAGCGAGUGCAGCCCGUGAUGGCCCCAGAUACCCCAGUAAGCCCAGGGGUUCCUGCCGAACCCCAGACAGUGCUGGAUGCCCUACAACAGAGGCUGAACAAGUACCGCGAAGCCAGUGUACAGGCUCGGGGAAGUGGGGAUGAACGCAAGGCCCGGAUGCACGAACGCAUUGCCAAGCAAUACCAGGAUGCCAUCCGAGCACAUCGAGCAGGACGGAAGGUUGACUUUGCCGAACUGCCAGUGCCCCCAGGCUUCCCCCCCAUCCCGGGCCUUGAACCUGUGGUGGGCACUGAUGAGGACACGUUGGCAGCAACUUUAGCAGCUGCUCAGAAACUGACCUCAGAGGACACGGCUGCAGCAGAAGAGGAUGAAAAUGAGGAGGAGCCCAGCAUCCAGGCACCAGUGGCCAAGAAGCCAGCACAGCCUCUGUCCCCUGGCUCUCGGGCCCUGCCUGAGCCCAAAGCCUCGAGCUCAAAGGAGUUGCCAAGUCCUUCUGUGCGGGAGCAGCUGGCAUUGCUGGAAGCACGCAAACUGCAGUACCAGCAGGCAGCGCUGAAGGCCAAGCGGGGCCACGACCUGGAGCAGGCCAAGGCCCAUCUACGGGUAGCCAAACUCCUAGAGGCCCAGAUGGCCCAGGUCCAGGCCGGCCACCCUCUGGACCUCUCCAAGGUCCCUUCGCCAUUGACAGAUGAGGAGGGCGGCUUCAUCCUCAUUCACCACGAGGAUCUGCAGCUCUCACAGAAAGCUGACGAGGUGUAUGCCCAGCUGCAGAAAAUGCUCCUGGAGCAACAUGAGAAGUGUCUGCUGUUCUCCAAGCAAUUCAUGCACCAGGGCAACGUGGCUGAGACCACCCGGUUUGAGAAGCUUGCUCAGGACCGCAAGAAGCAACUGGAGAUCCUACGACUGGCCCAGGCUCGGGGCCUCGACCCUCCUGGCCACCACUUCCAGCUGAAGACAUUCCAGACUGUGAGAAUCUUCUCAGAACUCAACAGCACAGAAAUGCAUCUGAUCAUUGUCCGGGGAAUGAACCUCCCAGCACCCCCAGGGGUGACCCCUGAUGACCUGGAUGCUUUUGUGCGGUUUGAGUUCCACUACCCUAACUCGGAUCAGGCUCAAAGAAGCAAAACAGCUGUGGUGAAGAACACCAACUCUCCAGAAUUUGAUCAGCUCUUCAAGUUAAAUAUUAAUCGGAACCACCGGGGCUUCCGGAGAGUGAUUCAAAGCAAAGGAAUCAAGUUUGAAAUCUUCCACAAAGGGUCCUUCUUCAGAAGUGACAAGCUGGUUGGCACCGCACACCUGAAACUAGAACGCCUAGAGAAUGAGUGCGAGAUCCGAGAAAUCGUGGAGGUCAUGGAAGGAAGGAAGCCCACAGGGGGCAAGCUGGAGGUGAAGGUGAGGCUACGGGAGCCCCUCAGCGGCCAGGACAUGCAGACGGUCACCGAGAACUGGCUGGUCCUGGAGCCUCGAGGCCUAUGAAGUGGGUAGCUCCAAGCCCUGUCUCAUCCUUUCUCUGGCUCCUCCAUAGACUGGGGGGCAGAUGCUAACACUCCUUUCUGGGACUUGCUACACUGUGGCUGACCUGUGCUUUGUGUCCCACAGCAGCACACAGCCCUGCAGUCUCACACGGGCAGCUCUGUGCUCCUGGUCUUGCUGACUGCCGAGGCUUCUGUGCCAAAGGGCGAUGCUGCUGCUCAAGCACCAAAGAUGGGGAAGCAACGGCUCGGCUCCCUCACCGUGAUCGUAGCCCUGGCUCUGGCUGGCUCAGCUCUGCCGGGAUCUCUGCCAAAGCAGGCUGGAGUCUAGGUGUGCCCCCCACCCACCUGGAGACAGCAGAGACACCCUCACUGCUCUGUGCCAUGGGAAGGUUUCUCGCCUCCAGCGCAGCGAUGGUGUGCAGCUCCUCACACCCACUGCGUCAUUUCUGGAUGUGCCUUUAAAGCUAUAAAGGAUGCAAGCACUGAUGGGGCUUGGAGAUGCCUCCUGCUAGGUGGGGCCAGAGUUCUGCGGCUCCAGCUAGCCAGUGGCAGCCUGCUGCCACUGCCCCUCCCCAGUCUGCCUGUGCCUUGGUUCUUGACAGCUGCUGCACUACUAGCCUCUUUGCUUCCAUAGUGCUCGUGGAAGACAGAAGAAACCCACCUGUGUCUUGGAUUUGGUUCUUGCACCUAAGACUCAAAAGACUGCUUGCUGAAGGGGAAAUACAGUUCUCUACCAACCCAUGCAGCCAUAUUGAUUUAUUGAGGAAACCAGGUUUAAGUCACGCCCAGUUUUUGCACACUCAGUGCUUGUCACAAUCCUAAACAGAGCUGCCAUCAGGUUGCCACUCGGGAGAGGCAGGAUGAUUUUUCACUGCUGCUGGAAGCUCCUCAGUACUUUCCAGCAACGUCUUAGGCUUUCUUUUUCGAAUGGAUGGAGACAUGGAAAGAUUUGUAGUUGCAAUAGAUUUAAUAUUCAAAACUGCAGAAUUCUACAUUUCUUAGAAAUAAACUUUAACAACCCA